AUGAAGGUUUCGGAGAACUGUAAUCAGUUUGCAUUAUCGAUCCUUUGGGCCGUUUGUAAGCUUGCCCCAGAAGAAUGUGCUGCGCUUGCUGUCGAUGCAGGCCUUGCAGCGAAGCUCCUAAUGGUAAUUCAGAGUGGUUGCAAUCCAGUACUCAAGCAACGCGCAGCUGAGCUCCUGAAAUUGUGCAGCCUAAAUUAUACAGCUACCGUCUUCAUUUCAAAGUUGGACACUGGAACUGAAGAGCUGGCAGGAAAUAAUUCACGGCAACGUAAAAUUGAGCUCUGGAGGAAAAAGCUGUUCAUGCUCCCUAAGUCAUUCUUCUAUGCUUAUAGUGAAACUGGUGUGAUCUCAGGCUUCAUUGAAGAAGCAGCAAAAAUGCGGCAUAGGCGUCAAACUAAUUUUUUGUCAGAUGAUAGUGUGACUGUGGAACAUGGUGAUGGGGUGGGUGAACAUGGAUUUGAGAAAGUGAUGGAUAUUGUUGCAGUUCAAUCUGAAACAUUCAAGAUUGUAAUUUUUCAUUCUAAUGUCCUGAUUUGGGUUUGCUCAAACCGGCUUCAGAUGGGAGAAGUUGUCUCCACUAUUCCAAGAGCUAGGUUAAUGGCCAACUUGAGCUCUUUAUUGACCCUUGAAUUAAGAAGGUUAAGGCUGGUGAACAAUCUUAGUGUCAUUGCGAGAUUUGGCCCCAUGGAAGCUCUGUCUAAUGUUGCUGAUAUAGGUUUCUACUAUGUUGCCAACAAGUUGAUUGAUAUUAUGGCUAGGAUUCUACAAUUAAUGUACCUUCAUUGUCACCAACAGAUCUUACAAGACCCUUGA